CGUCACUCGGUUGUCGGUUGUCGUGUCCGUGCUCUCAGGGACACCGGGCUGGGGCAGGUGUGUCCUUCUGGGAGUGGGACUACUUUUUCAACUCGUAUCCGCUUUAAAAUCAUGAUGAGAGAACAGCGGAGGGUUAAUGGGCUGUGCCGCAGAACUACCACCGACAAACAACAACAACAACAACAACAACAGCCUCACGCAUAAGACUGCUCUGUGCUGUGGAUCUGCUCUUCCACACAAACCCGAACCGUCCGUGUGUUUCCUUCUGGGCGUCGCCGUCUCUUAGUGUGUGUGUGUGUUUUUUGUGUGUCCUUCCAUUUUCCGGUGUGUGAGUCGGACACAAACAGCGACGGCCCAAGGAGGAGCAUCAUCCUCAUCAUCCUCAUCCUACUCCUUCCGUCCUCCUGCUGGUGUUUAUUACAGGACGCACCACGAGCCACGGGCGGACACCAGUCACGUACGGACCACAGCCAACAUGUUCGAGACCAGAGGGGUCCCGUUUGUCCUGCUGGACUUGGCCUGUCUGAUCCUAGGAGGUUUGCCUUUGGCAGCCUUUAACCUGGGUAAGAUCCGCCCCUUCCAGAGAGGCUUUUUCUGUAACGAUGACAGCAUCAAUUACCCUUUCCACCACAGCACAAUCACCUCCACAGUGCUCUACACUGUGGGCUUCACGCUGCCCAUUAGCUGCAUGAUCUUUGGAGAGUGCCUUUUAGUUUAUCUAAAGAAAAUCAAAUCCAAGUCGUCUUUCGGCAGCUACGUGGCCUGUGUUUACAAAGCUGUGGGCACCUUCCUGUUCGGUGCCGCCAUGAGCCAGUCUCUGACCGACAUAGCCAAGUAUUCUAUCGGCCGGCUCAGGCCGCACUUUCUGGAUGUGUGCAAACCUGACUGGAAAUUCAUCAACUGCUCAGCUGGAGUGUACAUUGAAGACUUCACCUGCACCGGAGACUCCACCAUGGUCAACGAGGGCAGAUUAUCCUUCUACUCUGGACACUCGUCUUUUUCCAUGUACUGCAUGAUGUUCCUGGCUCUGUACCUGCAGGCUCGUCUCCAGGUGGAGUGGGCGCGGCUGCUCAGACCCACGCUGCAGUUCUUCCUCAUUGCCGCGUCGGUGUACACGGGACUGUCCAGGGUGUCCGAUUACAAACACCACUGGAGCGAUGUGCUGACUGGACUCCUGCAGGGGGCCCUCAUGGCCAUACUGGUGGUCUUCUGUGUGUCUGACUUUUUCAAGCCAUGUGCAGACAACCAUAAAGAGGCGGACAUCCCACACACGACCCUCCAGGAGACCCCGACCAACGGAAACCACUUUGAAAGCCCCAACUAAAGCUGACGCUGAGGGGACGAUACCUCUGCUCUGUCCAAGCGCACACCCAGGAUUCCCGCUCUCUCGCCUUUUCAUCUCGUACAUGUUCUCAGCCCUGCAUGGAUCAGCUGCGCCGGCGGACGACCGGACAUCCCAGAGAACAUUUAACAAAGCUACACCUCAGGCCUGUUCAGACUUCAAAAAGACGUUUUAGGACAUUUGCAGCAUGUUCGCCUAUUUUUCCCACCGUAGAGUAAAGUGGUGAGAUGAGCGGUCCAGCCCCUCACAGUGAUUUAAAAACACCACCUCGGUUUGAGGCUGAGAGCUGGUGUACAGACGGGAACCAUAGGCUUGUAUCUACUGAACCGGUGGGAAGGUUUAAGUGCAUGCACCCACUGAAGGGUCACACCACUGCUAGGAGAGAGAGGAGGGUUGGAACCUGUGAAUGUAACCCCCGCUUUGUGCUUUUUUCCACACCUGGAGUCGGUCCGAUCACGGAUCUGAUCUAGGGUCAGCUUUGAUGUCAUCUCCGGCAAAUCAGAGAUAAAAGGCGUUUCUCAGUAUCAAGUUCGCAGAGUUCGGUUUUGGUAAGAACGGCCCCAGAGAACAGACCUCCUAACACACAUCUCAUACAUUUCCUUCGUGGCUCUGCUGUAUUUCCACCAUCGGCUCCCUGACGUAUUCCCACAGUCCACCACAAUGACACUCCAUUUGAUUUGAAGACAUUUGUACGAUUCAUGGGCGCCGGAAGCAAAAAAAAAACCAAACAAGUGGGUGGGACAAGUUUUCAUAUUGAGUUGAUGCUAUUUCCUGUAUUCUUGUGCAUUUUAACACAUAGUUUGAUACUUUUAUGUAGCUACAGCAAGAGAAGAAAUCUGGGUACAUUUUGUAAUUUCCCUCAGUCAGAUUUAGUAAGAGUACUGUUACUUUAGAACGAUCUUAAUAAAAGUACAAAGUAUUUAGCAUUAAAACUACUCUUAAGAGUACAAAUUUUAGUUUUUCAUUUGGGGUAAUUUAUUUUGGGGUGCGCGCAUGCGGGGGGGUUAGGGUACAGGGGGCACACUGUCGCUUUACUCUUGCUCGAAGUCCAUACUCAGCCAUAGAUGAUAGUACGGAUCCAAGUUAAUAUUCCAAGAACGACCGGCUUCUGCGACUCCCCUUGGAGAACCUCUGGGCGGUCACUUCCUUCACACUGUGGGUUGGAGUUUGAGGCCAGGAGGACCUCCAGUGGAGGGUUUUCCCCACCCUUCUUCUGUGUCUUUUCCACACCAGAGCCGUCGUCAGCGAGAGACCAAGACGACCCCAGAGGUUCGCAAGACGGAGCCGCCAGCGCUUCCGCGUACUCCCUGUCCUGCUCUGAAAAAUCGAUCUCAUCCACUAUUAAUCGAUUACGCAAAAUUAAAACGAAAGCGAUCUAAGAUCGAUCAAAUCGUUUUUUUUCCCCAGCCCUACUCUUGUCCCACUCACUCACAGUGGCUCCGGCACCCAUGGUACCAUUUACAUGUCACUUAUAUUUUUAAUACAUUUUGUAUAUUCGUCAGAACCGCUUAAAAACAUUUUAAGUCCCAUAUCAUGGUAAUAAAGAUGCGUUUUCUCGCUGUUCUGCCUCUCAUGUGUUCCAACAUUGUAUCGCAUCAUCUGGUGAAGGUCAUAUACUCCAGUGGUUCAACCAGGGGGCCGCACGCGCAUCUGGGGGUCGUGAGCGACAUCGUUGGGGGCGUUGGAAAGAAAAAGCUGAGAGGAGCGCUCAGGCACAAAUGGAGUGUGUUAGCGACUAAUGUUUUCCAUUGUGUUACUUUUAGAAUUAUGCCCCCCCACCGUCCCACAUUUUUUCAGGGGUGGGGUGGCAGUAGGCUCAUGAUGUCAUUAGUGGGGCUUUGUUCAAAAAGUUGUCACAGAAGCUGAUGUUGCCUUUGAGAGCAGCACAAAAUGCAUCUUGGGAUAUCUGCGAGCCAAGUCCACACGAGUCCCCAACCAGCGCAUGUUUGGUUUAAGCUAGCAGACAACAACAACAUGUGAGAAUUCCAUCCAGUGUUGGUUUGUGCAAACUUUUAAAUGGAACAGUACUUGGGCCGCGACUGAUCACGUUUCACGAGAACACGUUAUUGAGAAACGCCUAAUCGAUCGUGUUGCCUUAUGUCCAGGUGUUCAAGGGCUAUUUAUCAGAAGGUUUUGGAGCUUUAAUGAUCUGCAGAGUAAAGCUGAUCCUAGACCAGACGGCCACACCGCUGCUGACUCCAGGUCAGCGUCGCUGCAGUCUUACUCUCCAACUGUCUAACCCCAUAGUGGAGGAGGAGGCGGGCCUUCGGACGCCGUCUGUGUUAGAGUGUUGAAGAGUGGACUGUCGGUUCGAUUCCCGUGUUGCCUUUGCUGGACUGCUGCUACCACAGCUUCCUGUGUAUCCAAGAACUCAUAUAAGCAUCAUGCAAAUCGACAGACAACAAUGUACUUUUGUGUAAUCUGUAUGUAAAAACAUCGCCAUACAGACGUUUAUUGAAAAAAAAAAUGUUACAAAUAUGUACAAAUGUCUAAAAUAAGAAAAAAAUAAAGCCAUUUUACGUAUUAA